AUCGUUGGAUAACGGUGCCAUUACCUGUUCGAUAAUGAAUCUGAAUGAUCAGGAAGUGCCCACAGUUACUACUGAAUUAACGAGAUUGUCUGGAGAUGGAUUUAAUCGCCUAUCGGAAUCAGUAAACGAUGUUAGUUCUGGAUACUGUGCGAACUUUUUAUCAACGACGUCAAAUUGCGAGAAAAAUCAACGGGAGAGUGACAUUUAUCAUAAUCAGGAGUAUCGACAUGAACCUUGGCUUCAAGAUGGUAGCAGUUGUGAGACAGAAGAUAGUGAACACUACAUGACGGAUUUUCAAAGAAAUACCAACAGAAACAUGAAGCAGGAAUCGAGUUGCAGACAAAGAAGUGAUGUUAAUUGUCCAACACAAUAUCAAACACAGUCAACAAAUUCACAUUCGCAGUCAACAAAUUUCUUAAAUUUAAGUCCAGCGGCACCUGCGUCGUGUUUCAGUCAAUCGAGUCCACGUGCAGAAGGAUCGGAAAAUAUUGCAGUCAAGGAAGAACCAGCCGAUAGAGACUUUACCGAAUCAACGUCAACAGUUACAAAUAUUUCAUCUCCCGAUGCAGAAACGCGAAAUUCACAUAACAAUCUAAUCUACCAGCAGCGCUACGCCUCAAAUCGAAGCGAACGAGAGAGCAGAAGUUCGCCAACGACAAUAAGUCGUCCGGACAGUGCAUCGUCAGUGAAUUCACAAUGGCCAUCGUCGCAAACAAAUGCCGCGUCUGAUAAUUAUCAUUCGCGACGUCAGGAAUGGUCGAGUGAAAUUUACAAUGCAAAACGAAGUUGCACACCAACGUGGACAGAACUCGGUGCACAAUUGGAGCCAGCGGCUAAUAAUAAUUCGCCAUCCUCGUCAUCAUGGGAGCGACAGAGUGCAUCGUGUUAUUUGCAGAAGCAAAGAAAUUCGCCAUUGAAUACAAUAACGACGACGACAACAACAACAAUGUCCUCCUCGUGGAGUAGUGAUUAUGCGAAAACUAAUAAUAAAAAUGGACCACCAUCGUCGUGGAGUGAUGUCACCGUUGGUUAUCAGCAGCAGCGAAGGGGUUCACUUCAGUUGUGGCAAUUUUUGGUUGCUCUACUCGAUGAUCCGGCGAAUGCUCCUUGUAUCGCGUGGACCGGAAGGGGAAUGGAGUUCAAAUUGAUUGAACCUGAAGAGGUUGCACGCAGAUGGGGCGUUCAAAAGAACAGACCAGCAAUGAACUAUGACAAAUUGAGUCGCUCAUUGAGGUAUUAUUACGAGAAGGGAAUAAUGCAAAAGGUCGCGGGCGAAAGAUACGUUUAUAAAUUCGUCUGCGAUCCAGAGGCACUUUUUAAUAUGGCCUAUGGCACCGGAAACACCCCAUUAACCAGCGAUAUGCAAAACGGUUUGUCCAAGAGUCAUGUGACAGGGGGAAAAGUUUCAUCGGCCACUGAUAUUGUCGAUUUGGGGAAGCAUUCCGCCAGCGGCUACGGUGACGCCGUACUCGCCAUGUACUCAAAUACCGCUUCAGUUUAUGGACAAUCGAGUCUCCACCAUUUGCAUCAAUAUUUGGGCAGUAAUGAGGGUUUCAAAACACCCCCAACUCGUUAUCAUUCACAUUAUGCCCAGCAGUAUGCGAACAAUCAUCAUCAUCAUCACCAUCAUCACCAUCAUCAUCCAACGUCAUCGGCGUACACUGAGACAUUUUUAAAUUAUGGAUUGGGAAUUUCGGCGCACGAAUUUCCUCUUGAUGCAAGAACACAGGAAUUAUCAUCGUCAUCAUCGUCGUCGUCAGCAUCAAGACCAGUUUAUACCAUUGACUCGUGUGAAAGUACAGAGAGAGAUCAUGACUCAACAUCAGUGGCAACGGCAACAUAUCAUGGCUUACAGAGAUCUCAAAUAUCGACCAAUAUUGUCAGUUCUCAAACACCCCUAAUAGAGGGUAGUGCCAGUUCGAAAAUUGAACAAACACCCUACACAUGCCUCGGCGUUGGAAGCUGUGUAUGUUAAAGAGAAAAAAAAAAGAAUUCAGUAAGAAAAAUAAUCUACAUAUAUUAUGAAUAUAUAUUUUGUCCAUAACAAUCUAAAUUUAACAAUUAAUCGAUUUUUUUUACAACAAAUCAAUUUUCUC